GGAAAAGUCUCAAAAAAAAAAAAAAAAAACAAAAGAUUAUGAAUAAAACGAAGGUGAAGACCCACUUUUGGAGUCUACACGCCAUGUGAUUGUGGAGUCCACACGGCUUCCAUUGGACCUGUGACUUCUCGCAUCUUGAGUUCAGUUUUUCAGCUCUACUAGAUAAAAGUAACCAAUUUCUCUUGGCUAAUUGCGCUCAUAUUCAUCUGUAAUUCUCUUGUUCUAAUAAUCCUAAUUCCUUUCUUCCAUGGCAUUUUUGAUUGACCCCCUUGUCUCUCAACUCUUCGAGAGGUUGUUUCAUGUAUUGGGGUCUGAUGAGGUGCGGGGAUUUGCCAGGCAACUUGUUGGAGGGGUAGAUUCAGAGCUAGAUGAGCUCAAAACAAAGUUGAGAAUGAUUAAAAAUCUGCUUGACCGUGCAGAAGGCAUACAACUGACGGAUGGGGACUCAAAAGAGUGGCUUGACGAUCUUCAACACUGGGCUUAUGAUGCAGAAGACGUGCUGGAUGAGUUUGCCUAUGAAGCUUUGCGACGCAGACUCAAGGUAGAACAGCAGGCAAGCUCUUGCAACCUAUUGAGGUUCCUUCCUACUAAUUUUCCUGGCCCCUUAAUGGGCUCCAAGAUUAAAGAGAUCAAUAAUCGGUUGGAACAACUCCGCCAGCAAAGAUUAUUGAUGAAAGACCUUCCUGUAGUAACAUCAAGUAAUGUCACACCGCAAAGAACAGAGGAAACUUCAAGCGUGCCACCUGAAAAAUUUGUUCAUGGCAGAGAUGAAGAUAAAGACAAACUAGUUGCGAUGGUGAACAGCGAUCUACCUUGUGGUAACAACUUUCGAGUGAUAGUCAUAGUCGGCAUGGGAGGGAUCGGCAAGACUACAAUUGCUCGAGAGGUGUACAAUCACAAGGAACCGGAAGGCUUCAAGUUUGAGGAAAACGCUUGGGUCUGUGUUUCAACCAAUUUCGAUAUUUUAACUAUCUCAAAGAGUCUCCUUCAGUCAUUAAAAGGCUCAACGUUCUCCAUUCCAAGUGAUUUAAAUGGAGUGCAAGUUGAACUGCAAAAGGCAGUGAGUGGGAAAAAAUUCUUGAUAGUAUUAGACGAUGUUUGGGAGGUGAAAUACAACGACUGGGAAAAGCUAAUGUCUCCUUUCAAAGCUGGUGCACCCGGAAGCACAAUGAUCGUCACAACACGCAAUGAAAAUGUUGCAGAAACAAUAAGAUGCUUGGAUAGUACUUAUCAUUUACCGCUUUUAUCCAAUGAAGCCUGUAAAUCCUUGUUUCAGGAGCAUGCACUUGCAACUGGCAGGACUGCUUAUACAGGUCAAAUUACGGAGACAAUUUAUGAAAAGGUCGUUGAAAGGUGUAAUGGCCUGCCUCUGGCAGCAAAGACCCUCGGUGGUCUCCUAUUCUCUAAGCCGAUUGAUACUUGGGAAAAAAUACUGGACAGCAAAAUAUGGAAUUCAUAUAAAGAAAAAGAUGUUCUUCCAGUAUUAAAGUUAAGUUAUCUUUAUCUCCCUCCUCAUUUAAAAAGAUGUUUUGCUUACUGUGCGAUUUUUCCAGAAGACUAUGAGUUCAAGGAGGAGGAACUUGUACUUUUGUGGAUGGCAGAAGGUAUCGUUCGACCAACUAAUGAGCAACUGGAUGAGACAAGUCAGUAUUUUGGUGAUUUAUGUUCAAGGUCACUUUUUCAAAAAUCAAGUAACUAUGAUUCUACAUAUAUAAUGCAUGACCUUGUUCACAAUCUAGCUGAAUCUGUUUCUAAAGAAUUCAAUUUAAGCUCUGAUCAACCCAUUAUAAAGCUACCGGAAUGUAGUGAAAGGAUUCGUCAUUUUUCUUAUAUUCCUUGUGGAAUAGAGGGAGAAGAUAGAUUCAAAGUCUUGGAAAAACUUAGGAGUCUAAGAACAUUCUUGCAGCUGUUCAUGAGGUCUUCCUAUUAUUGUGAACGAUUUAUAAGUGCUAGGGUUAUUUUUGAUUUAUUGCCACAAUUAAAGAAGUUGAGAGUAUUGUCUUUUGAUUGGUACGGUAUCACUCACUUACCUGAUUCAAUUGGAGAUUUGAUGCAUCUAAGGUAUCUAAACUUUUCUUACACUAGGAUUAAAUGUUUGCCUGAAUCAACAUGCUCUUUAUUGAACUUGCAAACUUUGCUAUUAAAAAAAUGUUCUUAUCUUAUGAAGUUACCUUCUAAUAUGAGAUAUUUGACCAAUUUAUAUCAUCUUGAUAUAAGUGGUCAGAAUUCAUUGAAAGAAAUGCCAUCUGGAAUGGAGGAAUUAAAAAAUCUCCGAAUGUUAUCUGAUUUUAUAGUGAGCAAAGAAUCGAGUUCCAAUUUAGAACAUUUGAAGAGCUUAAAUUUUCUUAGAGGUGAGCUUUGCAUUUCAAAAUUAGAGAAUGCCAAGCAAAUAGGUGGGUUUAUAUUAAACAACAAAAAGGAUUUAAAAGUGUUGUCAUUAGAGUGGGAGUCUCAAUUUGGUGUCUCACGAGAAGUGGGAGAAGAAAAAGAUGUUCUUGAGAUGUUGAAACCUCAUAGCAAUCUAGAAAAACUAACAAUUAGAUUUUAUGGUGGUUCAAAAUUCUCAUCUUGGUUAAGCACUUCGUCAUCACUCUCUAAAUUGACAAUCCUUAAUUUAGAAAAUUGUGAAAAUUGCACAAGCUUGCCUUCUCAAAGUCUAUUGAGCUCACUGAAAGAGUUAAACAUCAUAGGGAUGCCAAAAUUGGAAAGAAUAGACAUGCAAAGUCCUUUCAAUUCAUUGGAGAUUCUUUUUUUUAAAGAUUUGCAAAAAUGUCGAUAUUGGGACACAAAAGGGGAAAAUGAGAAGGUUGAGAGAUUUCCUAAACUUCGUGAGGUUUCAAUUAUUAAAUGUCCUGAACUUACUGUAGAAUUGCAUGAUCGUCUUCCUUCACUAGAAAAACUUGUGAUUGAGAAGUGUGCAAAGUUGAUGGUUUCAUUCUCAAGUUUUCCAAAGCUUGCUAGUUUCAUAAUCAAUGAGUGUAAGGAAGUGGUGCCUACUAGUAGUUCUACUGAUGAGAUCAUAUCCUUCAAGUCUGAAUCUCUUCAAAAUAUUGUAGAUUUAGAGGAUGAAAAUUGGUUGAGUCAAAAUUUUAAUUGUGUAGAGAAGCCGAUAAAAUGGAGUCAUAGCCUCACCUAUGCUAAAAGCUUAAGUAUAAAAAGUUGUAGUAUUUCAUUUCUAAACGCCAUCUUUCUUCCUAAUUUGAGUGAUCUUGAGAUUAUCAAUUGCGAGGCUCUAAAAUCUUUACCAAAAAGAUUGAAACAAAACAACAUAGAAAGGUUGGAGAUUGACAAGUGUGAUUCUUUAUUAUUCAUUGCCAGGAACACUCUGCCUUGGUCGCUAAAAUGGCUUAUGAUAUCAAGGUGUAAGAAAUUACAACAUUUGGAGGGUAUCAGUUAUACUCUUCUUGAGUCCUUAAAGAUUGAAAGUUGCAAAUCUCUCACGCAUCUAUCAUCACAAGGAUUGUUGCCUAACACACUCAAAAAUCUGUCCAUUAAUGACUGUAUAAAUCUCACAACAUUAUCGUCAAGAAGCAGGUGGCAACUUAAAAAACUUGAAGUCCUCGAUAUUAGCAAUUGUCCAAGGCUGAAGUCAAUAGAAGAGGCAUUUCACAGUAGAUUGUGUCUUAAAGAUAUGUUUUUAAGUGGUCUUCAAAAUCUUGAUUUGUUCGGCAUACAGAAUCUUACUAGUCUUCAGUACUUAAAAAUAAGAAAUAGUUCGAUGUCAUUGCCGAUUAAAGACAUUCCAACUAGCUUAACCUCUCUUGAUAUCAUUGGAGAUGUCGAAAUGAGUAAGACACUAAUUAGAUGGGGAUUGCACAAACUCACCUCUCUUAAAACACUUCGGAUAAGUGGAUUUGAAGAUCCGGAGUUGAUUCUAUCAGAGGACCGGCGAAUGCCUCUUUCUCUUCAAGAUUUGGUUAUCUAUACUUUGGCACCAUUCAAAUCAAUUUCAGGCUUGGGCACACUCACCUCUCUUAAGAUAUUGGAAAUUCAAAAUUCAAAUCUCAACUCAAUUCCAGACCUAGGAAGCCUUGUAUCACUAAAAAGCUUCAGUAUUAGCAAUUGCCCAAAGAUCAAAUCAAUUCCAGGUUUUGGAAGCCACAACACCCUUGAAGGAUUGUAUGUUUUUGAAUGCCCAAAGUUCAAAUCAGUUGCAUGCCUGAGAAAUCUUACUUCUCUUCAAGUCUUGUGGAUUUUAAAUUGCCCAAAGCUCAAAUCCCUCACAAGCCUGCCACCCUCACUUCUGGUCUUAGAAAUUCGCGAAUGUCCAUUGAUAAUAAAACAAUGGAGGAGAGAUAAGGGGAAGUACUGCUCAAAGAUUGCUCACAUCCCUUAUGUUGAAAUCGAUGGCAAAUUCGUCUUCAAUUCAAAGGAGGAAGAAUUGGUUUGAAUUAAUUGCAUUCAAAGCAUGGAGUCAGAUAAUCAUCUCUGUUUCAUUCAAUUCAAGAUGAUCAUCAUCACAUCAAGGAGACAACCACAGUGGGCAGAUUUGUUACGUAUCCACCAUUGAGAUGAAGAAACAACUGGAGGCAGAAAUUCGAACAAUUUUGUAUCUCAAAAUGAAGACUCGAAAAGAGAAUUAUCUAAUUCAGAUCCAGAUAAAAAAGUAAUUGAGAUGGAGAAACAAUUGGAGGCAGAAGUUCGCUCAUGUUUUUACCGUGAAGGAUUUUUCAGCCUUUUUUAUUUUUUUUCUACAUAAAAAGGAUGAUCGGUCCACUUCGUCGUUGUCACACCAUUGCACCAUAAUCAUAUUGUCAGAUAAGGCUUCCUGGAUAUGUAAAUCUUAUUGUCACACCAUUGCACCAGAAACGUAUUGUGAUGAUAGCAGGAAUUUGAAGGCUGAAAAAUUGUGGCAACAGAGCGGCAUAUGUAGGCUAUUGUUCAUAUGGUGAGAUACAACUCUAUGGUUGAUACUUGAAGGAAGUUCAAGACCAACAAAUGAAAAGAUUUCAACUUAAAGUUCAAGCGGAGUUUGAACAACCUGAACAAGAUAGUCAAUGUAUUUCAGACAUGGGUAUUAACAACUGAAAAUAAGUGACUUUAAAAAGUAAUUUGGUAAAAGGUAAGUCUUUGCAUUAUGUGUUUGAUUUCAACUUUGUAAUUGACAAUUGAAUUUUAGCUUAUUGAUUUGAUUUGAGCCGGACAUGGUCCCAUGGAUGUAGGCUAAGAUAUAUCUUGGCUGAACCAUGUAAAAAUC